AUGUCUGGCUUACGUCGUGCUGGAGAGGAUGCCAACCCGUUUGGCUCCAAGUUUCGAGACACGUCUGGAGGAUACGAUGCCGGAAACGGCCAGAGGACGUACACAAAGCCAUCGUAUACCUUAUUUGUGACCGGUAUACCGGAUGCUGAAUCUUCAGAUAGUGUGGAAGAAGUCUUUGCACUGGACAAAGGCUUCUUGCAGUGCCGGCCUGUAGGCCACAAGUCUCGGAGAAUGGUCUUCGUGGACUAUGAUGCCAUUGAACACGCAACAAGAGCUAUGCAGGCGCAUCAAGGCUUUAAAUGGGAGGAUGUCGACGAUGGCUUGAAAAUUGACUACGACCAGGAUGCGAGGAGCAAAAGGAACACGGCCCUUGAUCAAGGAAUUUACGACAAGUUUUAUCCUAUCGGAGCUCGCACCGCAAAGCUCGAAAGCGAGUCCGAGUUGUUUGCCAGACUGCGGGAGCAGUCGGAACAGCCUACCUCCUUGUCCGUCCGGAAGUCCAUACUCAAGAACUCGAAGACUGGUUCCAAGGCUUUUAAGGCUGCUUUCCAGGUGAAAGCCAAGGACAGCACUCCAGCAUCCGAAGAAGCCGAGCAGUCGGAGCCGCCGCAGGCGCCCGAAAGCAGCCUUGCCUCCCUGGCCUCCUACGCCUCCGACAGAGCCGGGAAGGGCCUUGCGCCCGGGCAGCGGGUGCCUAGCCACCGCUACCUCUACUUCAUGCCGCCGGGACAGCCAGGCGAGAAGAGGUUGGCCAUGUAUCCCGCCAUGUGGCUGCGUCAGCUCACCACUUCGAGAUGGGUGCCUGGCACGGAGGGUGGGACGGGAGCCGCGCCAAAGCGCGGUUGGUUCAAGCCCUGUGAGGUGCUCCUAAAGUCGGAUGCCUCGAAACCGGGCCUUCCCGUCGCCGACCUCCCCCCCGACGUGGUCAGAGGCCUCGGGGAGGCCUUCAAGACGCUCUUCGCCUGGGGCACUGUGGCCCCUGAGGCACCCGUGGAGCGCUUGGAAGCGGUCGGGGCGGCUGCCAGGAACCAGGCCGGCUCCGAAGCCCCCGAGCCGCUCUGGCGCGCGGUUUGCAACGCCCACCGCCUGGGCACCCUGAAGCCGGUCCAGAGGCAAAAGCUGAAGCAGCUAGCCUCCCUACCAGUCUUCCCAGCACCACCCGAUCUGCUUGAUGGAGCCGAUCGCUUGGCAUUGAGCAGACUGGUUCGGCCAGCCGCAGGAACGGGCAGCAACUCCGAAGCCACACCAGGAGGGAGGCACGGUGCCAUGUAUAUCGGCCCAUGGCAAGAGUACAAGCUGGCACGGCUGAUACAACAUCAGCAUCAAGUCCUUGCUGCCGAGACAAGGGAGGUGAGAGGAGGAAGCCAGCAGGCAUCCCCGUCUUCCUCCAGAUCCGGCUUUUCGGGCUUCUCCAGCUGCAGUGCUCCAGCCCAGCUUCCGGGGCAGCCCUCCGUGCAGGUGCGUCUGAAUGACUACUGCGAUACUGUGGAGCGGCUGACUAAGGCCAACGACCGAAGGCCACCGAGGCCCCGACUUCCCAGCGGAAGCAGCACCGGCAGCACCCGGCCCUACAGCAGCAGCAGCCGAAACAGCGAGAAGGGCCCGGGGCUCGGAUCUUCGAGCUCGGCGAGCUCCGUGGGCGCUUCGAAGCGAAGAGCGCCCGGGAAGCCGCCGAAGGCGGUCUCCUUCGAAGAGCAGCGACGAGCCCGAAUCCGACACAUGCAGAAGCUCUACGGCUUGGGCCAGGCGGAGACCGACACCAAGGACACAGCCUCAGCCUCCUUGGUCAUCGAGCCCCAGAGCCAGAGACGAGGCCGAAAAUCCACAGACUUCGAGGGAAGCCCCGGCCAGAAUCAGCCCUCAGAGCCGACAUCACCCAAGUCAGAGGAGUGGACUUUGCCGACAGUGAAGGAAGCAGAUCCACUUAGCUUGUCCAUGGGCUCCUCGGGUGGACUCAUUGCCUGGAGUAAAGGUCUGCAGCCGGAUGCUCUAUACAAGAUGGACGUCCAGACGCCCGUGAAAAAGAAGCGCAGCCAGGAUUACUUGGCCGAGACCACCGAGAAGGCACCGCGACCGGCAGCCACGAAGAUCGAGGAGGGCGGUGACAAGAAGCAAGUGAUCAAUGAGAAGGAUGUCGCUGUGGAUCCGAGGGGCGAGGAGCUUUUGGAACUCCAACUCCAGGUGAUAGACGAGGAGCAUUUCUUCGAGCUCGAUGGCAAUCUUUACAAAGUCAUGGAUCCGAAAGCGCUGGUCGAGGUUAGCCAUGUGCGACCGAAAAAGCAGGCCAACGCUGAACAGCGAAAGUUGUCUGGCUUCAAGCAAUGGUAUGCAAACAGGAAGUGGCUAGUGGACGUCCGUUCCCCGGACUGGCCCUUGCGCGAUGUGGUGGACGAUGUUGCAGCUUUGGUGGACUUUUCGCCGACGCCAAGCAAGGCCUGCAUGGAGGGCCUUGUGUCAUGGUGCUGCAGCGCAGAGCCAGAGAGCUUGUCCGAGGAGUUGCGCACGGCUUUUAGCCACGCGAUGGCGGCGUUGGUGGAUGAGGCCAGCAAGUCUCCGCUUCCGCCGCCUGAGGCCUUGAAGAAGUUGCUUCCCGACUUGAAGCUUUUCUGCAAGGAAGGGCCUGGCCUCGGACGAGGGCGUUUCCCUGCGCGCUGGCUGCCGGCCUUCGCUGCUGGACCAGGGGGUGUCGUGCCAGUCCUCAAUGACGACUCCGCGAAAGCGGCGAUGCUGACGCCUGCGCAGUCCUUGCAGCUUCUGGGUGUCGGGCUCUCAGAACUUGCCCACUUUUAG